CCCCUCCCCGGCCCGGCCAGAGAGAGGAGGGCGGCGGGAAGGGAGGGCGAGAGGCGCGCCUCUCCUUCGCCCCCGCGCGGCGCCUGCUGGCACUGCAGGGAGGGAGGCGGGUGGGGACCUUGUUGUACAGUGUUAUCUUUAUUGCCACAAAGCCAGUAAAAUAGUAAUAAAAAUAUAACCCAGCCAUGCCGCUGCUGCAGUGAAGCCCCUGCGGGGGAGAGAGUGCCUCCGAGCAUGUGCAGAGUUCCUUCCCUUUCCCUUCCGCGGCCUGGACUGCGUGACGACAUCGCCGUGCCUUUCGGAGUCACGCGCUGCUCACGAGGCUCCCUCGCACCAGGUCGCCUUUUUCCUGCGGAUCAUCGUGAUCACCAAGAGUCGUGAGUCUCUGGCCAGGUGCAUUCAGGGCUUUACCCUUAACACGUGUAUUGACCAGGGGAUGAAGAAAUCCCACCCCCCGUCAUUCCAGAUUGUGCCAAGUGGGGUCUCCAGUCCGUUCCAGGGACUAACUGGUGGCUCAGCCAGAGUGAAACGGGCCCCCGACCCGUGAUCCUUCCAUUGCAAUUCCUGCAUUGCAGGGGGGUUGGGCUGGAUGACCUUUGGGGGUCCCCCUCCAGGUCCUGCCUGGUGUCAGGAAAGCAGCGCCAAGGCGGGAGCAAUCUCCCUCGAGACCUUUGCAAAAGUUCUUUCUUCCUUUCUCCAAGGCAGCCAAAGUACCCUCAGCUCCUCCGAGGAUGGCGGAGAAGAAACGGGUGGUAGUUUUUGGAGCUACAGGUAGGUAACCUUCCAAAAUGGAGACUAGGAAACAUGUCGCGCAUUCUUGCAUCUCGGCGGGACGUGGGCGCAGCAGCGAGGUGGGAGAUUUAUCUCGCACGGAGAGGGGCUGAUCUGCGUCCCCGGGGGCAAUUCGGGAAUGUCAGGCUCUGGACCUCGGGGGGGCUAUAGAUGGCCUUAAUGUGCAUUGCUUUGUCUGCUUCAAAACGUGCUUAGGCAGUACGUCCCCCUUUUAGGGAGUAUAGCCCAGUGGUAGGACAUUGAAUCAUAGAACUUACAGUUGGAAGGGACCACAAGAGUCAUCUAGUCCCACCGCCUGCAAUGCAGGAAUCUUUUGUCCAACCUGGGGCUCGAACCCGUAACCCUGAGAUUAAAGAGUCUCCUGCUCCCCCCUUCAGUCUCUGGCAUAUCCAGCUCUCCUGCCUGAAACCCCAGAAGAGCUGCUGCCAGUCAAGAGAAGUCAGCCCUCCCAAACUUGCUGCCCCCUAGCGUAGUGUGGUUCCUCGCCAAUUCCCCCGUCCCUUGAAAAUUAGGGUCCUGGUAGGCCAUUUAAUGACAUUCCGCUGCCUGCUGUAGCAACUUUAACAUACUGUUCUAAAUGCUGAGUUGGUUUUAAUUGUAUUAUUUUUAAUUCCUUCAAGUUACAGUACUGUGCAAUGAAAUGCAGCGUGAGAAAUAAAAGCAGCAACGCAGUUAAAAUGAACAUGAGCAUUUAGUGUGACGAAUGGGCUGUCUCCACACAUCGGAAGGUGGCGAGCUCUCCUUCCUGGGAGGCUUUUAUAGGCAGAGGUUGGAGGGCCACCUGUCAGGGAUGCUUGAGCUGCGACUCCUGCAUUGCAGGGGGUGGGACUAGAUGACCCUUGGGGUCCCUUCCACCUCUACCAUUCCGUGGUUCUGUGAUCCACAGAGGCAUUGCAGGCAACCUGAGUGAAGUUCACAAGCUCACCAUGCCCUUGACUACAAUUCCCAUCAGCUGCUGCCAUCGUCCCCUCUGGAGGACACCAUGUUUAGGAAGGGUGGUUUAGACAGUGCCCAGCUAGAUGACCUGAGGAACUGACCUUGCCUAAGGCCGGGCCUUGUCCUUUGCGAUGCAUCUGUGGUGCAUGCUGCCGACUGCAGAGACAGCUGAAGAAUCCAGGGAGUCUCCCCUCUCUCCUGGUCUCCCAAGAACGUGGAGAAUAAUGAGGGGAGCAGAACAGAGGCCAGAGGUACGCAGACGCAGUUUGAGACAGCUUGGGAGAGGAGCAUCUUAGGAGGGGUGGAAGGCAGGGACCUUCAGCCCUGGCAACUUCUCCAUAGGGGCAAGAUCUGCUGGGAAGGGUUGCUGAGGACACUGGGCCGAGAAGGAUUCCAUUCCCUUGAAUAAAGAAUUCACGUCACCGGCAUCGGAUAUUUCCUUCCUUUCUCGCUGACCUGCUUCUGAUUCUCCCCCCCCCUUGCGUUCCCGCAGGGUUUCAGGGAGGCUCGGUGGCCAGGGCCCUGCUGGACGAUGGCACCUUCCAGGUGCGCGCUGUCACCCGCAACCCGCAGCAGAAGGCUGCCCAGGAGCUGGAGAAGAAGGGCGCUGAAGUGGUGAAGGCAGACCUGGAGGACGUGCGAAGCCUGGAGCAAGCCCUGCGAGGGGCGUACGGAGUCUUCCUCGUGACCGAUUUCUGGGAACAUCUCAGCAAAGAGCGGGAAGUUGCCCAGGUGGAGCUAAGCCCAAAGACGGGGCAACCCGCAGUGCAGUGUGAGGGGUGCCCAACAGGCGGGGGGGGGGAUUCUCUUUCAGAACUGGCUGCUGAGGCUGCAUUUGCAGCAGUUUGAUAUGCUACUAAGAGCAUCACAUGCCAAUAAUAAGCCUGGCAACCAAUCAGCAGCCAAGUCUGAUCUUGGUAGAAAAAUGCAACCUGUGCUGCUGAUAAGAAGUAGUGCGACUCAUGCAACACGUUGGCAAUUAAUAUACACAGAACAGUAAUUAUACAUACUUUAUCAACCUUCUGAGAAAAAUACAAAACAUUAAACAAAGCCACAAAGACUUGCGAACUACCCAGCCUAAAAUGAACUUAUAAUGUCUGGUUUCAAUAGAUUUUUCAAAUGCUUAACUUCAUUGUCUACAACUUUAUUAACAUCUAUCUACAAUUCUACUAGCAUCUCUCGGUAUUGUGAAUAUCACCGAACUUACCUUUCGUUGGUAUCUUCAUGAACUUAUCUAAAAGACUGAGUUAAGCAUUUGAAAAAUCUAUUGAAACUAGACAUUAUAAGUUCAUUUUAGGCUGGGUAGUUCGCAAGUCUUUGUGGCUUUGUUUAAUGUUUUGUAUUUUUCUCAGAAGGUUGAUAAAGUCUGAUCUUGGAGACAGAUGUGACCUGCUGACAGGAUCUCUCUCGUGCCAGCGACCCUCCUGCAGCAUUCUGCACUAACUGCAGUUUCCAGAUCAGCCGCAAAGAAAUCCUCACAUGGCUUGGAUUGCAGGAAAUCCAUUCUUGAAGUAACUAACACAAACUCCAGUGGCUAAACUAUCCUGGUCUCGGAAUGGUCUCAGCUGUUGCACCAGCCAUAGUUGGCCAGAGCUAGUCCUCGCCCCAAGGCCACCGGGGUGACAGCUGUACAUUAAGCUGCUGCUGAAGGCAGAAGGGCAACUCCAGUGACCCACAGGGGCCUCCGCAACCCACAGCCCCGCAAGCCACCCCUUUGCCAAAGUUCUUUCACUGCUGCCGGAAGCGCAGGCAAGGACAGUCCCCUGCCUGGGAGGGAGCCACCUUCUUCCUUGGGGGAUAAAUUUGGGGAAGACCAGUGCUUCCUGCCUCUCAUUCCGUGUCCGGUUUUGCACCCAGGGGAAGCAUGUGGCAGACUUAGCCAAGCGACUGGCCUUGGGCUACGUGGUUUACAGCGGCCUCGAGAACGUGAAGAAGCUAACGGAGGGGCAGCUGGAGGUGCCACACUUUGACGGCAAAGGCGAAGUGGAGGAAUACUUUCGGGCUGUCGGGGUGCCCAUGACCAGCCUUCGGCUGCCCUGGUACUUUGAGAACUUCAUCACCAUCUUCCGACCCCAGAAAGCCCCAGAUGGAGACAGCUAUGAGCUAGGUAACAGCAUCCCUCCUUCUGCCCUUAAGAGAUGCCUCACCUGCUGCCCAGAUUGGCAGGGAGUCUGAUGCCACUGGCGUGCCUCUCUCUUGCGGAGGAGGGAAGGGCAGGGGGGCCUCAAGCCUCACCUUGGGUAGCAAAAAAGAUGGGCGGGUGCUUUCCUUAGUCUGCCACUGCCCUCCUCACCCCAUUCCAAAGGGUUCAUUGGAAACACUUUCAUAUUUUAUUUUCAUAGAUUAAAUGUGUAUACCACCCUUUAUCCAUAGACCUCAGGGCAUCACACAGCAGCAUGGGCAUAGCCAGGAUUUAUGUUAGGAGGGGCAGGAUUCAUGUUGGGGGGGGGGACAGGCUUCAGUUAAGUUUUCUUAUUGAUUUACUUGCCCGAGGGGGGGCAUGUGUCCCCUUGGCUACGCACAUGCACAGCAGAGGAAAGUGCCAGCAGGAUAGGUGGCACAGAUCUCCUUCCACAAGCCUCCCAAUAAAUUUGGGGAACUGACUGAAUUAUUAUUAUUAUUAAUUACUAUAGAGCUUUGUAUUCUUGGUGCCCCUUGUGCUUCUGAUGGUUUCAGUCAUAGGUUUGUGGGUCUGUCUAUCUUGCAAGUCCCGUGUGCCACACCUUUUGCUCUCUCAUUUCUUAAAGCGGUACCUUCCCCUUACUUGUUACGUUGCUUACUGCAAAUAUCCAGAUAACCAGCUUUAUAAUUUCUUCUUGUGAAUGUAACACCCCAUGACAGCCUUGGUUUGGUUUUUAGGUGUUUCUCUCAUGAGGUUCUAUUUUGUGGUUUGGGAUGCAUCGAUAAUAUUCAAUAAAAAUAUGCCCCCUCCCUAAAAAAAUAGUAUCAUCCCCCUUUGUGCAUCCGGGUUGCAAUUGAUGGUCACCUGCCCUUGCUCUGCCUGUGCUGUUUUCUCCUUCCCUUGAGACGCCUCAGCUCCUGAUCAAGCCUCCCUCCUCUUCUCCUCUCUUUUGUAGCCAUUCCCAUGGGAGAAGUGCCCAUAGAUGGGAUGGCCGUGGCUGAUCUCGGGCCAGUUGUGGUUCGGCUGAUGAAAGAGCCAGAGAAGUACAUAGGCCAGGACAUCGGGCUGAGCAGCUGCAAGCACACCGUGGCAGAGUACGCAGCCCUGAUAGAAAAGUACACCGGGAAGCCUGUGAGAGAUGCCAAGGUAAAGCAGGUGCAUGGGCAGCCCUCCAGGGAGGGGGGUGGGGAGGACCACCAAGCUGGCACUCGCUGGAAGGGACAGGCCACACCCAUCUGUACCUAAAUGGCACAGCGAGAGCGCCAGAUGCUGCGGAAAGCUCCCAGGCCCCUUUGUUUCCAGGUCAGCUUUAUCUGCAAGUUGGACCAAUGCAGUUUCUCCUGCUCUUUCUGCAGAUGUCGCUUGAAUCCUAUGAGAAGCUGGACUUUCCUGGUGCCCAAGAGUUAGCUAACAUGUUCCGCUUCAACAUCCUGGGCCCAGUCCGAGAUCCGGCCUUGACCCUGAAGCUCAACCCAAAGGCCAGGAGGUUUGAGGAGUGGGUGGCACAGGAAAAAGCUGCUUUCAAGGACCUCUAGCAGGGGAGGGGCCUCCCUGGGACCACCUGCUUUGUUCUCCCCUCUUAAAUAAAAAAAGAUGGCUUGGACCGUUAUUCC